AUGCGUACCUCAACACUCCUUCUUCCAGUACUCUCGGCGCUCCUUGCAAAUGCCUGUGAUACAGAGCUGCCAUGUGAUGGUGACUACGCUUUGAACACGACCUCUGUUCGGAAGCGAUUUACCGGUCCUGUCCAAAGUGGCCCUGUGCAUCUCACAUCUUACAAAACAUGGACGGCAUCGACCAGUAGCUGCUGGAGUGAUCUUACCGAUGGUCUUCGUGCCCUUGAUAGCGCCGCCAGCGGAAUCGAUCAGGAUCACUUAACUGUCGAGUCUUGUCUGGAUGCAUGCGAGGCGGCUGGCUAUAGUCUUGCUGGUGUCGAAUACAGCCGCGAGUGCUACUGCGGUAAUACUCUGAUUGGAAACAACCAACCAAUUUCCGAUGCCACCUGCAAUAUGCCUUGCUCAGGCAACGCAAAUGAGCUAUGCGGCGGCCCGGGUGCUCUCAACCUCUAUAUCAAGGACAACUACCCCUUCACCACCGGCCCAGCUUUUGCCCUCGCAAGCUACAAAGGCUACGCAAAGACCCAAUGCUGGGAGGACCCAGAUAUCUCAAAUCGCAUCCUCCCCACCACCCCCUCCACCCCUCUUAACGGCAACGCCAUGACCGUGGAAAAAUGUAUCGACGCCUGCACUGCUGACGGCUACUCCUCUGCUGGCCUCGAAUACGCCCGCGAAUGCUACUGCGGCAACGUCGCCUACCCCAUCGGCCAGAGCACCGACAUCUCCGACUGCGACAUGGCCUGCUUGGGCGACGCAUCCGAGAACUGCGGCGGCCGCAACCGCAUGAUCGUGUACAACAAGCCCGACACCCCCGUCACCGUCACCAAGCACGGCAUCAUCCAAGUCUCCAACAGCGCCACCGGCGCAUCGCUGGGCUACCUGAGCAAGAACGCGCUGAACGCCGCGCAGUACGCCUACACCCCUCUCGAAGGCAACGCCCUGACGAUCCAACUCGACGUCCCCACCACCGGCACCACCGCCGCGGGCCUCCGCAUCACGGCCCUGAACGGCAACACUGGCUUCCCCCUGCUCGGCCUCGUCCAGGGCCGCGACUCCACCUCCGCCUCGCUGGCCGCCGGCUCCUACAACUACGUCUACGUCGCCGGCGUCAACGGCGCGCCGGCGGGCAGUGUGCCGCAGUCCGGCGCCAACUCGUACUCCGCGGUGACGGGCCUCGCGCGCUCGUCCGAGUCGGAUGUGUGGACGCUGACGCUGGCGACGGGCGCGCUGGUGCCGCAGUGGGUCAACCCGGAUGGGUCGAGCCCCGAUUUUGCGCUGUUUGGGCAGAGCACGGCGGUGUAUGGCGGCGGGGACGAGGCGCAGUUUCUGGCGAAGUAUCCGGCGCCGGUUACGCCGCUGAGCUUGACGUUUGUGGAGACGACAUGAGGGAAGGGGAGGGGGAGGGAGAGGGGUGGAGUGGGUUUGGUGGUGCUGUAAAAUGGAAUCGGUGAUAGGGUGAUUUGAAAAUACUUACAAAGAGUUAGGCGAUAACUAUGGGUGUGAGAUGUGUGUCAAAAGACUAGUGUCUGAUUUAGAGCCUCAUGAACUUGACAUUAUAGGAAACUGUGAAGCGAUACGUGCAGAGGUGUCUUGGUCCUGUGCACACCUUUUCCGCGCCGUCUGAGGUGGCCUAGAGAGCUUACGCACGGUUCAAAAGCACAAUAUCCAGAUUCGUAGACGCGUCACAAGGUACCUCGGACAGUGGUAGAAGAGUAUACAUACAUCAAUCGUAGGAGAAGAUGAACGAAAG